AUGUUCCCCGCGCAGGACUCUCUGCCCCGCGGCGGGCUGAACCUGAAGGAGGAGCCGCUGCUGCCCGCGGGCUUGGGCUCGGUGCGCUCCUGGAUGCAGGGCGCGGGCAUCCUGGACGCCAGCACCGCGGCGCAGAGCGGCGUGGGCCUGGCGCGCGCACAUUUUGAGAAGCAGCCCCCCUCCAACCUCAGGAAAUCCAACUUCUUCCACUUCGUGCUGGCCAUGUAUGACCGACAGGGGCAGCCCGUGGAGGUGGAGCGCACGGCCUUCAUCGAUUUCGUGGAAAAGGACCGAGAACCUGGAGCUGAAAAGACCAACAACGGGGUCCACUACCGCCUUCGGCUGGUGUAUAACAAUGGACUUCGGACGGAGCAGGACCUCUAUGUGCGCCUCAUUGACUCCAUGUCCAAGCAGGCCAUCAUCUAUGAGGGGCAGGACAAGAACCCCGAAAUGUGCCGAGUGCUACUCACCCAUGAAAUCAUGUGCAGCCGGUGCUGUGACCGGAAGAGCUGUGGCAACCGGAAUGAGACGCCCUCUGACCCGGUCAUUAUUGACAGGUUCUUCCUCAAGUUCUUCCUCAAGUGCAACCAGAACUGCCUAAAGAAUGCAGGGAAUCCCCGAGACAUGCGCCGCUUCCAGGUGGUGGUGUCCACCACGGUGAGCGUGGACGGACACGUGCUGGCCGUGUCCGACAACAUGUUUGUGCACAACAACUCCAAGCAUGGUCGCAGGGCGCGCCGCCUGGACCCCUCUGAAGCGGCCACCCCCUGUAUCAAGGCCAUCAGCCCUGGGGAGGGCUGGACCACAGGAGGCGCCACCGUCAUUGUCAUCGGCGACAAUUUCUUCGACGGGUUGCAGGUCGUGUUCGGGAACGUGCUCGUGUGGAGCGAGCUCAUCACGCCCCACGCCAUACGGGUUCAGACGCCCCCGCGGCACAUUCCCGGGGUGGUGGAGGUGACCCUGUCCUACAAGUCCAAGCAAUUUUGCAAGGGAGCCCCGGGCCGUUUUGUCUACACAGCCCUGAAUGAGCCCACCAUCGACUACGGAUUCCAGAGGCUACAGAAAGCCAUCCCCAGACACCCUGGAGAUCCCGAGAGGCUGCCCAAGGAAGUGCUGUUGAAGCGGGCGGCCGACUUGGCGGAGGCCCUGUACGGAGUGCCCAGCAGUAACCAGGAGCUCCUCCUGAAGCGCGCGGCGGACGUGGCCGAGGCUCUGUACAGCGCCCCCCGCGCGCCCGCGCCGCUCGGACCCCUGGCCCCGAGCCACCCGCACCCCGCCGUCGUGGGCAUCAACGCUUUCAGCAGCCCGCUGGCCAUCGCGGUCGGGGACGCCACGCCGGGCCCGGAGCCGGGCUACGCGCGCAGCUGCGGCAGCGCGUCCCCGCGCGGGUUCGCGCCCAGCCCCGGCUCGCAGCAGAGCAGCUACGGCAGCGGCCUCGGCGCCGGCCUCGGCGGCUACGGGGCGCCGGGCGUGGCCGGCCUCGGCGUGCCCGGGUCCCCUAGCUUCCUCAAUGGCUCCACGGCCACCUCGCCCUUCGCCAUCAUGCCCUCUAGCCCCCCACUGGCCGCUGCCUCCUCCAUGUCCCUCCCGGCCGCUGCCCCCACCACCAGCAUCUUCUCCUUCUCGCCUGUCAACAUGAUCUCCGCUGUCAAACAGAGGAGCGCCUUCGCCCCCGUGCUGCGCCCACCCAGCUCCCCACCCCAGGCCUGCCCGAGAGCCCACGGAGAGGGACUUGCAGACCAGCCUUUUGAGGAUUCCGACAAGUUCCACUCUUCAGCCCGGGGGCUUCAGGGCCUGGCGUACUCCUAAUCACGGUCUGCAGGUGUUGCCCCCACUGAGCCCGGACUGGAGGUCCCUCUGGG